UUUGAGUUUUGAGUGCAAGCUUUCUUUUGCUUUUUCAUUAUUUGAAAAAGAAAGAUCCUCCAUUAUACGAUUUUAAAAAAAGCACACGCAAAAGAGCAUGCUUUUUGUUGUUGCCAACUGAGCUGGUUCAUAACACAAUCAUGGCUCAAUCGUGGGAAGAUCAUAGCACAGCAUUAAGCAGAGUGAAGCAGAGGCUGCAGAGCAGAGCAAAGCAGAGCAGAAGUUUGGGAAGAUCAUGUCAACCUAUCUGCCUGAGGAGGUGUUGGUGAAGAUACUCUCGAGACUGCCCACAAAAUCCUUAAUCCGAUUCAGGUGCGUCUCCAAAACCUGGCAUGAAAUUAUAGGAAACCCAGAUUUUCUCUACCACUCCAUUCUCACCACCACUGAAGAAAAUCCCAAUCAUCCUCUCCUCCUCAUCAAAGCCACAGAAAACUCCAUCCCCAGAAGGGAAGUGCUCUCUUUUCUCUCUUACGAGAACCUCGAAUUUGUGUCUCAGACCCCUCUUACUCCUGGCCUCAAACUCAUCGCUUCCUGCAAUGACUUACUAUGUCUCGGAAGUUACUUCACCAGUGACGUCUAUGUCUGGAAUCCCACCUCACCAUCAGUAGAACUCGAGCCUCUCCCGCCCUUGACCCACCGUCUUCCUUAUCACGUCAGUGAUGUCUUUGGGUCUGGCUUGGGAUUUGGUUAUGAUUCGAGAUCUAAUGAUUUCAAGGUGGUGAGAAUUCGUAUAAUCAAGUUACCAACAUUUGUACAUCAAACAAAGCGUAUAAGGAGUUUCGUGGAAGUAUACAGCUUAAGCGGCGGAUCUUGGAGAGUGCUUGACAUAGAUGUUUUUUCUGGUGUUGAAAACGGUUGGAGAGUGCUGCUAGACCUUGAUGCUUUUUUCGCUUUUGAAAACAGUUUGCGGACGGUGGCGUUAGACGGGGUUUUUAUCUGGUGGGUGCCGGAGAAUAUCAUCGCCGCUUUCGACUUCAACAACGAGGUGUUAAGAACAACGCCGCUUCCGGAUGGUUGUAGUCUAUCGAAUUAUCGUGAUGAGAACAAUACUAUAACCUUGUUGAACGGGCAUAUCAGUUUGUUGGCUUUUUCUCGUUCUAAAAUGAAUGCAAAAUGUGAUUUGGAGAUAUGGGUUUUGCUCGAAUUUGGUGUUAAGGAGUCGUGGACUAGACUUAGCAAAAUUGGACUCUCAAUGGAUUUGGAAAGGCCACUGGAGUUUUGGAAAAGAGGAGAGUUGUUUAUGGUGAAUAGUGAGGGGCAAUUGGUGUUGUACGAUCCAUUUACACACACAAAGAAGAACCUUCAAGUUUAUGGGAUUGAGAGAACGUUCCAAAUUGUUCUCCACACGCCGAGUUCUGUUGCGGUCGAGGGAGGGGUUAAUCUGUGAGAGUUCAGAUUGGUGAAAUGACACAAGGAUUCAAUGUUGUGAACCAAAUUUGAAUCUGUUUUCGACAAAUUUGGAUUCUGUAGAGAUGAGCUCUGUGAUUAUUAUGA